UUGCACAAAUAAAAGAACUCACUCCUUCUCUCCUUCUAAAAUCUAACCCUAAUCCCUCUGAAAUUUUUCAGAACCUCAAUUUUCCUUGUUUAAUAUUAGCCCCCACUAGAUUUGCCCUUAAACACGUUACCACUCUACCCCAUCUCUAACCUUUUUCCCACACUCUCUCUUCUCUCGAUAACCCCCCUCUCCGAGAAAACACAGAAAGACCUAGAAACUCUUCAAUGGCCUUAUCUCGCUUCCCUAUCAGCAGACCCAGCUCUUCCAGCCUAUUCCUUGUCAACCUCCUCCGCCUGAACCGUCCGAUCCCGGUGGUUCCUCCGUUCGGCGCCACCGUUCGACUCUUCCAUGCCACGCCUCCGACUAGCGACUCCGGCAAACAAAUAUCCGGAGAUCAUCUCCGAAGUACGAUCAAAUCAUUCAAGUUCUUGCAACAUCCGUACCAAAGACAGGGACCAAUGGAGCCCUGUGACUUGAAGGAAGAUGCAAACGCCUUGUUCGCUCGUCUGGACAUGCCCGGAAUUUCCAAGGAAGGUCUUAAACUGUGGUACGAGGAUGAGUCUGUGUACAUCACCGGAAAGGAAGGAGAGAAGGACGAAAAAUUCUUGCCGGAAGACCGAAAGGGUGACAUGAUACUGAAUGAGCUCCCAAGGAGGACGAUCUCGACCAGCCUGGCCGUCUCGCCGCGAAGGUUCAAAAUCGAUCAGAUCAAGGCUUCUCUGAAAAAUGGUGUUCUCAGGGUUGUGAUCCCUAAGCACAAGCACAAGCCAAUGGAGGGCAACAACGACGUCGCUUGUAUCGAGAUUGAGUGAGAUUGGCACAAGGAGACACAUCCAUUUUCAGUCUUUAGGUGGUUAGCUUGAUUAGGGUUUUGUUAAUGUUGUAGUUAUUUUAGUAAACUAAAAUAUAUUUGAAAUGUUGCUUCUCUGUUUUAAUUCAAUCCGUAGACGACGAUUGAGAGUAAUCUUAGUGUUAAAUGGGCACUAGUAUCUCAUAUGCACUUAGUUUGGUCAGCCUUUAUAUGAGACAUUAUGAGAAUUUGAAGUGCUUUUCUUUUCUUUUACUUUUUUUAAUUUUUUUUUUUAUGAAUUGUUUCUUUUAAAAAUAUGUUAACAUCAAAUUAAGCAAUAUUUAACAUAGCCAUUUUAAUAAAAGUUAUCAACUCAACUAGGUACAAA